UCUUGCACUCUCUGAGGGGGCACCUCGGGAACAAUGGCGGAAGGAGAUAAUAGCAGCACCAACCUGCUGGCUGCAGAGACUGCAAAUCUGGAAGAGCAGCUGCAAGGAUGGGGAGAAGUGAUGCUGAUGGCAGAUAAAGUCCUCCGAUGGGAAAGAGCCUGGUUUCCACCUGCCAUCAUGGGUGUGGUUUUUUUGGUGUUUCUGACUACCUACUAUCUAGAUCCAUCCGUUCUGUCAGGUAUUUCCUGUUUUGUUAUGUUUUUGUGCUUGGCUGACUACCUUAUUCCCAUUCUAGUGCCUAGAAUUUUUGGCUCCAAUAAAUGGAUCACUGAGCAACAGCAGAGAUUCCAUGAAAUUUGCAGCAAUCUAGUAAAAACUCGAUGCAGAGUUGUGGGCUGGUGGAAACGCCUCUUUACGCUAAAGGAAGAAAAGCCUAAAAUGUACUUCAUGACCAUGAUCAUUUCUCUUGCUGCAGUUGCUUGGGUGGGACAGCAAGUCCACAAUCUCCUUCUCACCUACCUGAUAGUGACUUUCUUACUCUUGCUUCCUGGACUAAACCAACAUGGAAUCAUUUCGAAGUACAUUGGAAUGGCCAAAAGAGAGAUAAACAAGCUUCUCAAACAAAAAGAAAAGAAAAAUGAAUAAUAUAUCUGCUUUAUUCAGUGUGAUUAAUGG